UUGAACAAGAAAUGGUGGUUGUGUUGUGAAUUUUCUUAUUUUCCCACAUUUUCCAAAUUUUUAACAUCAUUUCAAUCCGAGAAUUAUGAAAUAUUUUGUCAAUAAGUCUAAUUGAAAAAUUAAAAUUGGUGAUCAGCUUCUGUAAUACGUGCUAGUUGUACCUGCAAAAUAGCUGUUGUUGAGAAAAUCUACUCGUAGCACUUAGCCUCAUACGAACGUAUUUUAUAAAUUAAACUCUGUAUUAUAUUUCGUGAAAUACAAUGGCCAAGGUGGAGCAACCCAUAUUUAUUCUACCUAAGAAGCGAAAUGGUAAAAAAUCGAUCACCAUUGCCGGUCAUGUUGAUCAUAUUAUAACUGUUCAGGGUGUUGGUGAAAAUGAACUGCCAUCAAAAUAUAAAAAUGGACUGUCUCCAGUUUCUGAACACGUAGUGAAUGGCAUUAUACACUCAACAAUGGAUGGUCUUAAGUCCAACAUGAAGAUAAACCUUCCAAUUAUCAAUGAUGUUAAUGAUGAGGACUCCAAUGAAACAAAUUCAGAUCAGAAGCUACAAAAAAAUGGCUAUCAAAGUCUUUCAACCAUCCACAGCAGUCGUGAAAUUAUAGAUUUAUCACCGAUAUAUGAGAACUCCUCUGAUGCAUGCUCCAGUCAUGGUGAUUUAAGAGAAUUCGCUGACAGUGAUAUGCAACGUAGCUGCCGAGUUUUAAACUCUGACAAUAAUGAAAGUUCUUGUCCCACGCCCAACAGUUUAUCACAAACUCAGUCAGAAAACAGUUUUGAAAUGGGCCCACUAACUGACAGCCUUAAAAACAGUGCUAAAAGGAGAAAGCGUGUUAACAUCAUACCAGGGAUUGUUGAAACUGACAAUACUGAUUCAGAAAUUACUGCUCUAAGAGUAGAAUCUGAAGGAUCAAUUUCACCCGAAUGUUCAUUAUCCGAAAGUAGAGAUGGAUACUUAACAAUGACUGGGACCAUAAAGAGGGGUAAAAAAAAAGGGCAGAAUGUUGAUGUAAAGUUGAAUAUAUCAAGGGAAGAACUUGAGAUCAUUGAAGCUGCUAUCGUAGCUGAUGAAUAUAAUAAAAUGGAUGUCUCGAAGUGUUCUCUUUAUAAUGGACCUCACAUAUUUAUAUUCAGCCUGCUAUGCAUUCCAUUUGUUGCAUGCAUAUCUGCUAUGUACUCAUUCUACAUGGGUACAAUGGCUUGGUAUAAUAUAUUUACACAUGUUACUGAAGAUUUUAGCUGUAUCAAGAAAGUGUUAUUGGCACCAAUAGUCAUUUUGUCAUACCCAUUUAUGAUAGUAAUUUUUACUUUUGGUUUGGGAUUGUUUGCUGGUAUUGCUCAGCUGACAUUCAGCGGCGCCAAUUGGUGGAAGGAUGUAUGUGAUUUUGAGAAAGGUUUCUAUGGUUGGCUUUGCAACACACUUGGUAUGUCAGAGUGCAGUCCUUAUGAGGUAGUUGUUUUGAUGGAUGUGAAACCGUAAAUUAAGUGAGUUUUUUGAGAUCACAUAAUUUACUAUACUGUUCUAUGUGAUUGUCCUCUUUAUGCAUAUCUUUAUAUUGUCAUUAUAUUAUAUGAGCUAUGAAUUUAGGUUUUUUGUAGUAUGUAUGUGGUGAAUUUUUGUUAUAGAUGUCACAGAAAACAAAAUAUUACAAGCAAAACAUUUUUAAUCUUAUGAUUAUCUUAUUGAGUUAGGCUUACCACUUUUUCAUUUAAAUGAUGCUUAUCAACCACCUAAAUAUGCUUGAAAGAUUGCUUAAAAAUUGUCAUUUUUAGGUAUUACAUUCCGCUUAGAACACAAGAAAUCUACUUCUUUGAUCUAAGAAUGCAACACUGAAAAUUAACAUGGUUAAUACACUGAUGGCAUUAUGUGUCCAAUCAUAGAAAUGUCACUUUAUGCAAGUUUUGGUUUAGCCAGAGGUAUAUUUAGACAAAUAGAUAUAUAUAUUAUGAAAUACAUUACCACUAUAAAAUUAUACUAUGAAUGUCACUGCCAUCCUAAAUUUUUAUUAAUGAAAAUAUAUAUGAUUAUAGGAUAUAGUUUUACCAUUUCUAGUCAGAAGUUCAGAACUAAAUUUUUUUAGUCACAUUUUCCAGAUUAAUUUUAUUUUGUCCAGAAAAAUAUUUACUUUAAGUUAAACUGUGUGUGUAGUGAGUACGUUGUCUGAAUUAAAUUAAGAACAUAUUGAAAAUAAAAAGGUUUUAAAAAUUUAUUGGGAUCAAACUGAGAUUUGGCAGGUUUUUUAGGACUUAGGUAUUUGGACUAUUGUAUUUUACAAUUUUUUUAACUAUAUGAUACUUGUAUUGUAUUUCUUGUAACUAUUUGUAUUGUAAUAGAAAAACGUUAUUUAGAAUGUAAGUAACAGAUCAAACAAAUCAUUUAAAAAGUCUUCUCUUUAUUAAAUACCUCCAUUUUUAUAUGAAUUUUACUUUAUUAUUUAUUUUUACACAUAGCUACUAAUGCUUUGUUUUUUAUAAAAGUAAACCUAUAGUUAAAUCAGAAUAUAUUUUAUCAAUAAUGCUACAAUGUACUUGCUUUUUCUGUAAAAUAGUAUCAUGUUCUAGAGAGUUAAAUUACUAUAAGUACACAAUUCAACCGUGGAAAGGCAGGAAAGGAACCACAUACAAUUUUUUUAACAAGGUUUAUUAUUCCCUAAAUAAGACUUUUUUAUUAACUUAUAGUCCUGUUUUGGUCCCCUGAAACAU